AUGGGACCGACUGGUCCUUCUGGAGAAAAGGGAGCCGUGGGGCCGGCUGGACCUCUGGGAAAAACGGGACCGAUAGGGCCGGCUGGUCCUGUGUCUUUUGGGCGACCCGGACCUCCAGGGCCGCCUGGUCUGCCGGGAAACUCGUUUUGCCCUGGACUAGCUGAACGAGCAUCCUGCCCCGAAGGUUAUACCAUGUGGCGUGAAACCUGCUACAAAGCGUUCAAUGAAUAUAAAUUCGUCGGGACCUUCAGCGAAGCGACCGAGACCUGUCGCAAAGAUGGCGGUACCCUCGCCAUGCCCCGAGACGCUGAGACCAACAGGUUCCUAGUCACCUUAGAGCGAAACAAAGGGAGCUUUUACUGGAUCGGCCUGCACGAUCAGCGCAUGGAGGGAACAUUUGAGUGGGUGGACGGGUCUGCGCUUGGAAGGUACAACUCGUGGACUGUGGAACAACCAGAUAACAAAGACGGGGAUGAAGACUGCGUUGCUUUCUCCAGCCAUUCCGGUCGGGGGCAUUGGUAUGACGAGAAAUGCCGACACAUCGAAUACAUCUUCUGCCAGGUGGCUCCAGGUACUUUACUCAAAAGCACCAUUAUGGACAUUGUUUAA